CAUUUUUUUUCCGGCUUCCUCAUUUUUUUUUUGUUUGGUGAGAACUUUUUUCCAGGCCCAUUUUUUUCUAAGAUUAAGAAGGUAGGUGGAGUCAGACUGUGAAGUUUGCCUCACUCCCUCCCUCGCUCACACACACGCUGCCUUUCUUCCAUUCUGUCAUUGCCAUCUCGGCAGUACAGAGACUGUCCAUGUCCGGCUAUUCUAAGAGUGGAAGGGACAGCACACUUUGACUUUUCAAAGGAGGGAUUUUUUAUUUCUUCACAAGAACUAAAGGAUUUGCAAGACCCUAAAGAAGAGACAGUAAGAUAAAACUUGCUUUGAUUUUUCCAACUAUUUUGAAUAGACUUGUGAGGCAGGUGACAACCAGUUUUACCUCUGGAUUCUUUUCCAAAACAAGACCUGAAAUAGCAAUACGAGAGUUCAAGUUUUUUUUCUCUUUUUUUUUCAUUAGAUUUUACUAUAAAGCCAGUAACUGACUUAAAGCACAAUGGUUGCUGGAAUGCUGAUGCCAAUUCAUGAACUAAGAGCCAUCUAUGAAGUCCUAUUUCGAGAUGGUGUUAUGGUGGCUAAGAAGGACAAAAGACCUCAGAUCAAGCACCCUGAAGUACAAGAUGUGACCAAUCUCCAAGUAAUCCGGGCGAUGGGCUCUCUUAAAUCUAGAGGUUAUGUAAGGGAAACAUUUGCUUGGAGACAUUUCUACUGGUACCUGACCAAUGAUGGCAUUGUUUACCUGCGUGACUACCUCCACUUGCCUGCUGAGAUUGUUCCAGCCUCUCUUCAGAGGGUUAGAAAACCAGCUGCUACUCUGGACAUUGCCCACCGUGCUGACCGUGUCCAGUCUGUCCAAGGCCCUACAUCUUACGUUCCCAAGCCAGGUCGAAGGGAUGAAGCAGAGAGCCAAGAAGCAUUAACCGAACGCCAAGGCUACCGCCGUAAAAUUAUGGAUCCAGGAGAACGAAGGAAUUACGAAGAUAGGACCCCUAGGUUUAGGGGUCGUCCACUGACUGAAGAGCCAGUGUGUUCGAAGGUAUCACAGGAGGUUAGGGACCAGCAUCAACCUCUCUACAAGAGAGGACCAAGCUUCUACCGUGAAUCAGAGAAAGAGGUGGAAAACACAAAAAGAUCAACUCAUCAGGGCUCUAAUGUAAGACAUGAAAAGCAGGUAGUUUCACAGGAGAGUCAGAUGUUGGAUGUUCAGAUGAGGAACUACAGGUCUGUUCCUCUUCAAAGUGCAGCUUUGAAGCAGGAUGUGUCCCAGGCCACUGUGAUCUCCUCCUCAGUGGCCCUGCCAUUAUCAUUGGCUGCUGCUGGUGUGGCUGCAGGUGCAAUGACAUCAAAGAUGGCAGUUAGCUCCUCUUCUGCUGAAACACAUGUCAACAUUACAAAUACUGAGAAACGUGAGAUUACUAAAAGAAAAUCUUUGAAUUUCAUUGAAGGCACCAAUCCAUCUACAACAAAGCUUGAGAGUUUAGAAGUCAAAGAAGACAAGACAAAACUAGUUAAAGCCACUGUCACAGCUACAGUCAAUGAAAUGCCAAAGCCCAAACCGGUUGAUACAAUGGAAUGCGCUCAGAAAACAUCCAAAGUUUAUUCUGGCUCUGCAACCUCUAAAGAGACUAAACUGGUUGAUGCUGAUCCACGAAAGCACAACGAAGAAGUGAUUGAUGAAUCAGUUAAAGCACCUGAACAAAGGACUCUAGUGAAAGCUAAAGAAGAUGGUAACAAAGAGAAAAAUGCCAAAGUAAACCAGAGGAGCAUCAAAUCCAAUAAUGAUGACCAGACCAGCAGCCCACCGGGGACCAAUAAUGAAGCAGUUGAUGUCUCCAAAGUCACAAUGACCCAAAAUCCUGUGGAAGUAACCUUAACAGGUCUGAGGGCAAAACCUGAAACUGAUGGCACUCCUCCUAAAAUUGAACAAGUAAAAGAAUCCUCAUCAAAUGUAGUUAACACUACUCAUGAUGCAGAACGUGCUUCAGUAUCUCAAACAAAACAGGAAGAUCCACAAUUGAGCAAAAAGAAUGUAGAUGUUACGGAGACAAACAUUAAGCAGGAUGUCGAUAGUCCUACAGGGAUUUCACCUGUCAAGAAGGAUGAAAUGCUGCAGCCAGAGGAGGUCUCUAAAGGUUUUGGUCAGGGGCUAGUGCAGAAUGUGACCCAUGCAUCUCUUUCCACUCAAAAUGCUGUUAGAGUAGAGGAGGGUAAAGACUCCAAACAAGUAGGAGAAGCAACCCCCAAAUCUAAGAAAAAGAAAAAGAAAGCAUCAUCUGAGAUUCCUAAGAGCCCAGUUAAAGAGGAUCUGCCUCCAAUAAAGGCAGAGAAGAAAACAUCUGAAAACAACACUGAUGAAGCGAUGCUAGAAGAUACCCAAAAAACAGUAAUUACCAAUGAGUCUUUAACAGUUUUAACCUUCACAAAGAUGGAAGGGGAAAUCGGGGCUGAUGACAAAGCAGAUGAUGAUCACAAAAAGAUGGAUGCUGCGCUAAAGAAGGGGGCCCCUGUUAAAACUGAGAUUAUAUCAACAGAAUCCUCUACAGCAGUCUCUGCAGAUGUGCCAGUAAAACAGACACCUGAGGAAAUCAUUGUCAGCACAGCAGGAGAAGAGCCCCUUAAAUCUAAGAAAAAGAAAAAGAAAGUAUCACCUGAGAUUUCUAAGAGCCCAAUUAAAGAGGAUCUGCCUCCAAUAAAGGCAGAGAAGAAAACGUCUGAAAACAACACUGAUGAAGCGAUGGUAAAAGAUACCCAAAAAACAGUAAUUACCAAUGAGUCUUUAACAGUUUUAACCUCCACAAAGAUGGAAGGGGAAAUCAGAGCUGACGACAAAGCAGAUGAUGAUCACAAAAAAAUGGAUGCUAAGCCAAAGAAUGCGGGCCCUGUUAAAAUUGAGAUUAUAUCAACAGAAUCCUCUACAGUAGUCUCUAGAGAUGUGCAAGUAAAAGAGACACCUGAGGAAAGCAUUGUCACAACAGCAGGAGAAGAGACCCCCAAAUCCAAGAAAAAGAAAAAGGUUUCAUCUGAGAUUUCUAAGAGCCCAAUUACAGAGGAUCCGCUUUCAGUAAAGGCAGAGAAGAAAAUGUCUGAAAAAUCCAAUGAACCGAUUCAUGAAGAUACCCAAAAAACAAUAAUUACCAAUGAGUCUUUAACUGUGUUCACCUCCAUAAAGACAGAAGGCAAAAUCAGGGCUGACGACAAAGCAGAUAUAGACCACAAAAAAGUGGAUGCUGAGCUAAAGAAGGGGGACCCUGUAAAAACUGAGAUUAUAUCAACAGAAACCUCUACAGCAGUCUCUACAGAUUUGCAAGUAAAACAGACACCUGAGGAAAUCAUUGUCAGCACAGCAGAAGAAGAGACCCCCAAAUUAAAGAAAAAGAAAAAGGUUUCAUCUGAGAUUUCUAAGAGCCCAAUUACAGAGCAUCCACUUUCAAUAAAGGCAGAGAAGAAAAUGUCAGAAAAAACCCAUGAAGCGAUGCUAGAAGAUACCCAAAAAACAAUAAUUACCAAUGAGUCUUUAACUGUGUUCACCUCCAUAAAGACAGAAGGCAAAAUCAGGGCUGACGACAAAGCAGAUAUAGAACACAAAAAAGUGGAUGCUGAGCUAAAGAAGGGGGACCCUGUAAAAACUGAGAUUUUAUCAACAGAAACCUCUACAGCAGUCUCUACAGAUGUGCAAGUAAAACAGACAUCUGAGGAAAUCAUUGUCAGCACAGCAGAAGAAGAGACCCCCAAAUUAAAGAAAAAGAAAAAGGUUUCAUCUGAGAUUUCUAAGAGCCCAAUUACAGAGGAUCCACUUUCAAUAAAGGCAGAGAAGAAAAUGUCAGAAAAAACCCAUGAAGCGAUGCUAGAAGAUACGCAAAAAACAAUAAUUACCAAUGAGUCUUUAACUGUGUUCACCUCAAUAAAGACAGAAGGCAAAAUCAGGGCUGACGACAAAGCAGAUAUUGACCACAAAAAAGUGGAUGCUGAGCUAAAGAAGGGGGCCCCUGUAAAAACUGAGAUUAUAUCAACAGAAUCCUCUACAGCAGAUGCGCAAGUAAAAGAGACACCUGAGGAAAUCAUUGUCAGCACCACUACUCCGGAACAGAUGUGUCGGAAAUUAAAGACCACACUCCCUGAUAUGGAACCCUCAAAAUCCAAGGAAGCAACUGCUCCUAGUGUGGAAACAGUGACAGCGCAAAAAAUGAGUCAAGUUGAGAACAUGCAAGAAAAUGGAAAACUUGAAGCAAUACCAGCAAAGCAGUCAGACUCUCCAGAAAUCACUGUUGAGGCUACAUCUCUUCUGAGUGCAGAGAAAAUUACAGACAAGCCGACAAAAGGGAAGAAAAAAGGAAAAGGGAAAAAAAUAAUUGUGUCACCAGAAGUAGAAACUAAAAAUGCAUGGUCUGUCCCUAUGACUGAAGGAGAAACAUUGCAUUCUACUGACAUAUCAACACUGUCCAAGGCUGCGGACAAGGAUAGGCCUCUGGCCUCUGAAAUGACAGAAACUAAAGUUCCUUUAAAGAUGAUUCCUGAAAGAAUGUGCAGUGAGGAAGUCAGACAGGCAGCAGCUGUGCUCUCUGAGGCCCCUAUACACAAAGGGGAGGUGGAGCUAACACAGCCCUCUGCAGAAAAAACCAAGCGGGAGGUUCCGAAAGCAAAAACAUCUUCCAGUGUGAGGAAAGCACCCGCACCCGAAGAUUUAGCGUCAGCUGAGGCACUGGCCAGCCCUCUCUCCAGGCAAGAAGAGCCUCCCAGAGUUGCACAACAUUCAGCCAGGCAGGCAGCAGAGUGCAGCACACAGGAAAGGCUCUCUGUCUCUGAGACCUUAAAGCACGAAGAAGAUAAGAAGAGGGACUUGCUGGAGGACACACCCUCUGCUACUGCCACACCCGCAGUCCAGCCUGACCAGCCUUACCUUGGGGAUAUCAGUGAGUCUGAAAUAGUUGACACUGACGAGGCCACUAUGAGGAAGAAAAUAGUAGUAGUGGAGGAGAUAGUUGAAGUGAAGCAGAUCGUUAGCCCUCAGGCAACUGGGGAGCAGUCACCUCCCCCACCUGUGAAGACUGAGGUGGAUGAAGAGGAGCUGGACUUGGAUGUUCUGGAGGAAAUCGCUAUAGAGCGAGCUCUUUUGUCCGGGGCUGCAGGGGUCAAGGUGCAAGGAGCUUCACCUGAGUCUGACUGGGACCACUCACUGGGGGAGCCAGAGGAGAAGACAUGGCCUAACUUCAUUGAAGAUGAGCGAGAUCGAGUACAGAAGAAAACCUUCACAAAAUGGGUUAACAAGCAUUUGAUGAAGUCACAGCGCCAUGUGACAGAUCUAUAUGAAGACCUUCGGGAUGGACAUAACCUGAUCUCACUGUUGGAGGUCCUCUCCGGGGAAACUCUGCCGAGGGAGAAAGACAUGGUCAGGAGCGUUCGGCUGCCCAGAGAGAAAGGACGCAUGCGGUUCCACAAACUGCAGAAUGUACAGAUUGCUCUGGACUUCCUGAAACACCGACAGGUCAAGCUGGUUAACAUCCGAAAUGACGACAUAGCGGACGGAAACCCCAAGCUGACAUUGGGGUUAAUAUGGACCAUCAUCCUCCACUUCCAGGUCUCCUCCUCUAUCUCAGACAUUCAGGUCAAUGGCCAGUCAGAGGACAUGACAGCCAAGGAGAAGCUGCUGCUCUGGUCCCAGAGGAUGACAGAAGGCUACCAGGGAAUCCGCUGUGACAACUUCUCCACCAGCUGGAGGGACGGCAAACUCUUCAACGCCGUCAUACACAGGCACUACCCCAGGCUCAUUGACAUGGGCAAAGUAUACCGACAGACCAACCUGGAAAAUCUGGAACAGGCCUUCAGUGUGGCAGAAAGAGACCUGGGAGUGACCCGCCUGCUGGACCCUGAAGAUGUUGAUGUCCCACAUCCUGAUGAAAAAUCCAUCAUCACUUAUGUUUCAUCUCUAUAUGACGUCAUGCCUCGCGUUGAUGUCCGCGAUGGUGCCAGGGCUAAUGACUUGGAGCUGCGCUGGCAGGAGUACUAUGAGCUGGUGACCCUUCUGCUCCAGUGGAUCCGCCACCAUAUCACCAUCUUCGAGGAGAGGAAGUUCCCCAGCAGCUAUGAAGAGAUCGAGCUUCUUUGGCGUCGGUUCUUAAAGUUCAAGGAGACAGAGCUGCCACCAAAAGAGUCUGAAAAGAGCCGCUCUAAACAAAUCUACCAGUCAUUUGAGAGUGCGGUUCAUGCUGGCCAGGUUAAGGUACCCCCCGGCUACCAUCCCAUCGAUGUGGAGAAGGAGUGGGGCCGACUUCACGUGUCCAUACUUGAGAGAGAACGACUCCUAAGGAUUGAGUUUGAGAGAUUGGAGAGGCUGCAGAGGAUUUUCAGUAAAGUCCAGAUGGAGUCCGGGAUGUGUGACGAUCACCUCAAUCAUCUGGAUAGCCUGCUGCAGAAGGACAUCGCUCUGCUGAAUGCAGGGAAACCAGCUCAGCACACAGCAGAGGUGGACCGUGAGCUGGACAAGGCAGAAAACACGAUCCGCCUGCUUUUUAAUGAUGUUCAGAUGCUCAAGGAUGGGCGCCACCCGCAGGCAGAACAGAUGUAUCGCAGAGUUUACCGUCUUCAUGAGCGUCUGGUGAACUUGCGCAGCGAUUACAACCUUCGUCUGAAGGCUUCCACUGUCCAGGCCCCCAUAACACAGACGCAGCAACAGACCAGUAUGAAGGUGCGGCCAGAGAUAGAUGAUGUUACGCUGCGUUAUGUCCAAGACCUUCUGGCCUGGGUGGAAGAGAACCAGCGGCGCAUUGAUAAAGCCGAGUGGGGAUCAGAUCUGCCUUCUGUGGAGUCCCAGCUGGGCAGCCACAGGGGUCUGCAUCAGACUGUGGAGGACUUCAAAUCCAAGAUUGAACGUGCCAAAUCUGACGAGAGCCAGUUAUCACCUAUCAGCAAGGGGACGUACCGAGAAUACCUGGGUAAACUGGACCUGCAGUAUGGCAAACUGCUGAACUCCUCUAAAUCCCGACUGAGGAACUUGGAGUUGCUGCACGGCUUUGUUACCGCGGCGACCAAAGAGCUGAUGUGGCUGAACGACAAAGAAGAGGAGGAGGUCAACUAUGACUGGAGUGACAGGAACACCAACAUGACAGUGAAGAAAGAAAAUUACUCUGGCCUCAUGCGAGAGUUGGAGCUAAGAGAGAAGAAGGUUAAUGACAUCCAGGCUAUGGGAGACAAACUUGUCAGAGAUGGACAUCCUGGGAAGAAAACCGUUGAGGCCUUCACAGCUGCUCUGCAGACUCAGUGGAGCUGGAUCCUGCAGUUGUGCUGCUGCAUAGAAGCUCACCUUAAAGAAAACACAGCUUAUUACCAGUUCUUUGCUGAUGUAAAAGAAGCUCAGGAGAAGAUGAAGAAGAUGCAAGAUAGCAUGAAAAAGAAAUACAAUUGCGACCGCUCUACCACUGCCACACGCCUGGAGGAUCUCCUGCAGGAUGCUGUGGAGGAAAAGGAACAUCUAAAUGAAAUGAAUACUUUGCUCACUGGACUGAACAAGAGGUCUAAGUCUAUCGUCCAGCUAAAACCUCGCAAUCCCACCACACCCAUCAAAGGCAAGCUGCCCAUCCAGGCUGUCUGCGACUUCAAGCAACAAGAGAUCACAGUCCAUAAAGGAGAGGAGUGUGCUCUACUCAACAACUCCCAGCCCUUCAAGUGGAAGGUCUUAAAUCGCUCUGGAAAUGAAGCAGUGGUUCCCUCAGUCUGCUUCCUUGUUCCUCCAGUCAACAAGGAGGCAGUGGACAGUGUAUCAAGUCUGAAUUCAAAUCUUCAGCAGAUGUCCUCCAUGUGGCAAAUACUUCACAUUAACAUGAAGAGUCUGCUGUCAUGGCAGUACCUGACCAGAGAUUUUACACAGAUCCGCUCCUGGAACACCAGCAUGUUAAAGACCAUGAAACCAGAGGAGUACCGGCUGGUCAUGAGAAACCUGGAGGGCCACUAUCAAGACUUCUUGCGCGACAGCCAGGACUCUCAGCUCUUCAGCCCUGCUGACCGUAUGCAGGUGGAGGAGGACUACAACAAAGUUAGCCAGCAUUUUGACAACCUGCUUCGCUCCAUGGAGAAAGGUCAACAGGAUGAGACUCUGUGCAAGAACUACAUUUCUGAGAUCAAGGAUCUCCGCCUGCGUAUAGAGGACUGUGAGUCACAGACUGUGGCUCGCAUCCGCAAACCGCUGGAUAAAGACCCUCUGAAGGACUGCAGCCAGAAACGAAAAGACCAGCAGAAAGUCCAAGGAGAACUUGAGGGACUUAAGAAGGACCUGGAUAAGGUGUCUGUGAAAACACAGCAGGUGUUGGCUUCUCCUCAGCAGCCUGCCUCCGCGCCAGUGCUGCGCUCAGAACUGGAUGUUACUGUGCAGAAGAUGGACCAUGUCCACAUGCUCUCUUCUGUUUACCUAGAGAAGCUGAAGACUAUAGACAUGGUCAUCCGUAACACUCAGGGAGCUGAGGGGGUCCUGAAACAGUAUGAGGACUGUUUGCGUGAGGUCCAUGCUGUACCCAGUGACAUCAAGGAAGUAGAGACUCAAAGAUCAAAGCUUAAGAAAAUGCGAGCUGAGGCUGAGAGUGAGCAGCCGGUGUUCGACUCGUUGGAGGAGGAGCUGAAGAAAGCCUCCACCGUCAGUGACAAGAUGUGCCGUGUGCACACUGAGCGAGAUAUUGAGCUGGACCACUAUCGCCAGCUGACCACCAGUCUCGAGGACCGCUGGAAAGCCGUGUUCACCCAGAUUGACCUUCGCCAGAGAGAGCUGGAGCAGCUCGGCCGACAGCUCGGCUACUACCGUGAGAGCUACGACUGGCUCAUCCGCUGGAUAGCCGAUGCCAAGCAAAGGCAGGAGAAAAUCCAAGCUAUGCCCAUCACAGACAGUAAAACUCUGAAAGAUCACCUGUCACAGGAGAAGAAACUGCUGGAGGAGAUUGAACAGAAUCAAGGAAAAGUUGAUGAGUGUCAAAAGUAUGCCAAAGCAUACAUUGAUACAAUCAAGGACUAUGAGCUGCAGUUGGUCGCCUACAGAGCUCAGGUGGAGCCUCUCGCUUCUCCUCUGAAGAAGGCUAAACUCGAUUCUGCCUCUGACAACAUCAUUCAGGAGUAUGUAACUCUAAAGACUAAGUACAGCGAGCUGAUGACUCUUACAAAUCAAUACAUCAAGUUCAUCAUCGACAUGCAGCAACGUUUGGAGGACGAGGAGAAAGCUGCACAGAAACUCAAAGCAGAAGAGCAAAAAAAGAUGGCGGAGAUGCAGGCUGAGUUAGACAAACAGAAGCAGUUAGCUGAAACUCAAGCAAAGGCCGUUGCUAACGCUGAGAAAGAGGCCCGUGAGCUGAAGCUGAAAAUGCAGGAAGAAGUAAACAGGAGAGAAGUUGCUGCUGUAGAUGCGGAAAACCAAAAGCAAAACAUCCAGCUGGAGCUAAGUGAGCUUAAAAACCUCUCAGAGCAACAAAUCAAAGACAAAAGCCAGCAAGUGGAUGAAGCUCUUCAAAGUAGACUCAAGAUUGAAGAGGAAAUCCGUCUUAUAAGACUUCAGCUUGAGACAACCGUAAAUCAAAAGGCUACCGCAGAAUCUGAGGUCAAGCAACUUCGCGAUAGAGCUGAGGAAGCAGAAAAACUCAGAAAGGCUGCCCAGGAGGAGGCCGAAAAGCUCCGUAAACAGGUCAGCGAGGAGACACAGAAAAAGCGCAUGGCCGAGGAGGAACUUAAGCGCAAAUCUGAGGCAGAGAAGGAAGCAGCGAAACAAAAACAAAAAGCCCUUGAAGACCUUGAAAACCUCAGAAGGCAGGCUGAAGAAGCUGAGAGACAAGUCAAGCAAGCAGAGGUUGAAAAAGAAAAACAAAUCAAAGUAGCUCAUGAGGCAGCCCAGAAGAGCGCUUCUGCUGAACUCCAGAGCAAACACAUGUCAUUUGCAGAAAAGACCUCCAAAUUGGAGGAAUCACUCAAGCAAGAGCACGGCGCCGUGCUUCAGCUGCAACAAGAAGCAAAUCGUCUCAAGAAACAACAAGAGGAUGCAGAAAACGCCAGAGAAGAGGCUGAAAAAGAACUUGAAAAAUGGAGACAGAAAGCCAAUGAAGCCCUUCGUCUAAGACUCCAAGCUGAAGAAGAAGCACACAAAAAGACUGUAGCCCAAGAAGAAGCCGAAAAACAAAAGGAGGAUGCAGAACGGGAGGCAAAGAAGAGAGCCAAAGCGGAAGAGUCAGCUCUGAAGCAGAAGGAAAUGGCAGAGCAAGAACUUGAGAGGCAGAGGAAGGUAGCUGAGAGCACAGCUCAGCAGAAGCUCACAGCAGAACAGGAGCUCAUUCGACUGAGGGCAGAUUUUGACAAUGCAGAGCAACAGAGAUCCUUGCUUGAAGAUGAACUCUAUCGUCUGAAAAAUGAAGUCAUUGCUGCACAGCAACAAAGAAAAGAACUAGAAGAUGAACUGGCCAAAGUGAGGAGCGAGAUGGAUUUACUUAUUCAGUUGAAGUCUAAGGCGGAAAAGGAGUCUAUGUCCAACACAGAGAAAAGUAAACAACUUCUUGAAGCAGAAGCCUCCAAGAUGAAGGACCUGGCUGAUGAAGCAAGUCGACUCAGAGCCAUUGCAGAGGAAGCCAAGCAUCAGCGGCAAAUUGCAGAGGAAGAAGCAGCUCGGCAGAGAGCGGAGUCUGAGCGGAUUCUCAAAGAGAAGCUUGCUGCGAUCAGUGAAGCAACCCGCCUUAAAACAGAGGCUGAGAUUGCGUUGAAAGAGAAGGAGGCAGAAAACGAGAGGCUCAGGCGCCAAGCUGAGGAUGAGGCUUACCAGAGGAAAUCCCUCGAGGACCAGGCAAACCAGCACAAGCAAGACAUAGAAGAAAAGAUAGUCCAGCUUAAAAAGUCAUCGGAGGUUGAAAUGGACAGACAACGAGCAUUAGUGGAUGACACGCUCAAGCAGAAGCGGAUUGUUGAAGAAGAAAUCCGAAUUCUUAAGCUUAACUUUGAAAAGGCUUCAUCUGGAAAACUCGAUCUUGAGCUAGAACUUAACAAGCUGAAAAACAUUGCAGAAGAAACUCAACAAAGCAAGCUUAGAGCUGAAGAGGAGGCUGAGAAGCUGAGGAAGCUUGCCCUGGAGGAAGAGAAGAGGAGAAGAGAAGCAGAAGAAAAGGUCAAGAAGAUUGCCGCUGCGGAAGAAGAGGCGGCCAGACAACGCAAGGCAGCCCAAGAUGAGCUUGAACGUCUGAAAAAGAAAGCAGAAGAAGCCAGAAAGCAGAAAGAUGAAGCUGAUAAAGAAGCUGAGAAACAGAUUGUUGAAGCCCAACAAGCUGCCCUCAAAUGCAGUGCAGCAGAGCAGCAAGUGCAAAGCGUCCUUGCUCAACAGAAAGAGGACAGCUUAAUGCAGAAGAAGCUUAAGGAAGAGUAUGAGAAAGCCAAGAAGCUUGCUAAAGAGGCAGAGGCGGCUAAGGAAAAGGCAGAAAGAGAAGCAGCUCUUCUUCGUCAACAAGCAGAGGAGGCAGAAAGACAAAAGGCUGCUGCUGAGCAGGAAGCCAUCAUCCAAGCCCAAGCUCAGGAAGAUGCUGAGAGGUUGAGGAAGGAGGCUGAAUUUGAAGCUGCUAAGCGAGCACAGGCAGAGGCUGCAGCUCUCAAGCAGAAACAACAAGCCGAUGCUGAAAUGGCAAAGCACAAAAAGCUGGCUGAGCAAACACUUAAACAGAAGUUUCAAGUGGAACAAGAGCUGACAAGGGUUAAACUUCAGCUUGAUGAAACGGAUAAACAGAAGUCUGUCCUGGAUGAUGAGCUCCAGCGCCUUAAGGAUGAAGUUGAUGAUGCUGUCAAGCAAAAAGCCCAGGUGGAAGAUGAACUGUUCAGAGUUAAGGUUCAGAUGGAGGAGCUACUCAAACUAAAAUUGAAAAUUGAGGACGAAAACCAGCGGCUAAUCAAAAAGGACAAAGAUAACACACAAAAGUUCCUUGCUGAGGAGGCUGAGAAUAUGAAAAAGCUUGCAGAAGAUGCUGCUAGGCUCAGUGUUGAGGCCCAAGAGGCUGCUCGCUUAAGACAAAUUGCAGAAGAUGAUCUCAACCAGCAGCGAGCACUGGCGGACAAAAUGCUCAAAGAGAAAAUGCAAGCCAUUCAAGAGGCAUCCAAACUCAGAGCUGAGGCUGAGAUGCUCCAAAAGCAGAAAGAUCUAGCUCAAGAGCAGGCUCAAAAGCUUCUGGAGGAUAAACAGCUGAUGCAGCAGCGUCUAGAGGAGGAGACAGAGGAGUACCAGCGAACACUUGAAGCGGAAAGAAAAAAGCAAAUUGGUAUCUUGGCUGAAGCUGAAAAACUAAAACUUCAGGUCUCUCAGCUCAGUGAUGCUCAGGCCAAAGCUGAAGAAGAGGCCAAAAAAUUCAAGAAACAGGCUGAUACCAUUGCAGCCCGCCUUCACGAGACUGAAAUCGCAACAAAGGAAAAAAUGACUACUGUCGAAAAACUGGAAUAUGAGAGACAAAACACAAGCAAAGAGGCUGAUGAUUUACGCAAAGCAAUCGCAGACCUAGAGAAUGAGAAGGCUAGACUGAAAAAAGAGGCUGAGGACCUUCAAAAUAAAUCAAAAGAGAUGGCUGAUGCACAGCAAAAACAAAUUGAGCAUGAGAAGACUAUGCUUCAGCAGACAUUCUUGACAGAAAAGGAGCUACUUUUGCAGAAGGAGAAGCUUAUUGAGGAGGAAAAGAAGAGACUUGAAAGCCAGUUUGAGGAGGAAGUAAGAAAGGCAAAAGCUCUAAAAGAUGAGCAAGAACGCCAGAGACAGCUGAUGGAAGAGGAGAAGAAGAACCUUUUAGCUACCAUGGACGCAGCACUUAGCAAACAGAAAGAGGCAGAGCAAGAGAUGAUUAACAAGCAAAAAGAAAUGCAAGAACUAGAGAGAAAGAGAUUAGAACAAGAACGGAUUCUUGCCGAAGAAAACCAGAAAUUACGUGAAAAAUUGCAGCAGCUUGAAGCCCAAAAAGAAACUAAUAUUAACACUGUUCCAGGCAAAGAGCAUGUCCAUUUGACAACAGUUGAAAUAACAAAGACAAUUUAUAAUGGUCAAGCCAUUGACACUGUAGAUGGUGUAGAAAAGAAACCAGAUCCUUUAGCUUUUGAUGGCAUCCGUGAUAAGGUACCAGCAAGCAGACUCCAUGACCUUGGGCUUUUACCCAAGAAGGAGUUUGACAAGCUUAAAGAUGGCAAAACCACUGUUCAGGAGCUUAGUAAAACUGAAAAUCUCAAACAAAUUCUUAGAGGAAAGCAGGCAAUUGCUGGUGUUUUAACACCAAAUAAUCAAAAAAUGUCAAUUUAUCAAGCUUCAAAGGAAAAAUUUAUUACUCCUGGUACAGCAAUGAUCCUCCUUGAGGCACAGGCAGCCACAGGUUACAUGUUAGAUCCCAUUAAGAAUAAGAAACUUACUGUUAAUGAGGCAGUCAAGGAAGGUUUGAUUGGCCCUGAACUACAUGACAAAAUGCUUUCAGCCGAAAGGGCUGUUGUUGGCUACAAAGAUCCCUACACUGGUGGAAAGAUCUCUGUUUUUGAAGCAAUGAAGAAAGAUCUGAUAGACCGUGACCAUGCAAUCAGAAUCCUUGAAGCCCAGCUUGGCACUGGUGGCAUUAUUGAUCCUGUCAACAGUCAUCGUGUUCCCAAUGAAAUAGCCUAUAAACAGGGACAGUACGAUGCAGAAAUGAAUAAGAUAAUGGCAAAACCAUCAGAUGAUGCAAAGGGAUACUUUGACCCCAGUACUCAGGAACCACUGACAUAUUCUGAGCUUAUGGCAAGAUGCACUGCUGACCCAGACACCAAUCUGUUAAUUCUGCCAAUCACAGAAAAAGCAGCUCAGUGCUCCAGUAUUUACACAGAAGAAGAGACAAAAGAUGUUUUCAGCAAAACAACAGUAUCUGUACCCUUUGGAAGAUUCAAGGGUAAAACCGUCACAAUUUGGGAGAUAAUAAACUCAGAAUAUUUCACGGAAGAUCAGAAGAAGGACCUUCUUCGGCAGUACAAGACAGGCAAAAUAACCAUUGAAAAAAUAAUAAAGAUUGUUAUUACUGUGGCUGAGGAAAAGGAGAAGAAAAAGGAAAUUACCUUUGAUGGUUUGAGAACACCUGUUCCUGCCAGUGAGCUCCUGGAAUCUAAAGUCAUUGAUAAUGAUCUUUAUAACAAAUUGCUAAAGGGUAGUGUGUCAGUUAAGGAUGUCUCAGAGUUGAAACCAGUUCACAAAGCACUCCAGGGUACAGACUGCAUUGCAGGGGUACUCAUUAACUCAUCAAAGGAGACAAUGUCAUUUUAUCAAGCUAUGAAGAGGGACAUCAUGAGAGCAGGACUUGCUUUGAAAUUGCUUGAAGCCCAAGCAGGAUCGGGCUACGUGGUUGACCCUGUGCAAAACCAAAAGUACACUGUUGAUGAGGCGGUCAAAGCUGGGGUUGUUGGUCCUGAGCUGCAUGAAAAGCUCCUGUCUGCGGAGAGAGCAGUUACUGGUUACAAAGAUCCUUACACUGGAAACACUGUUUCUCUCUUCCAAGCAAUGAAGAAAGAUCUUAUUCCAAAAGAGCAAGGUAUCAGACUCCUCGAUGCCCAAAUGACCAGUGGUGGAAUCAUUGAUCCAGUAAACAGCCAUCGCAUACCUCAUGAUGUUGCUUGCCAGAGAAAUUACUUAGAUGAUGAUAUGAAACAGCGUCUACACAGUCCAACUGAUGAAACUAAGUGUUUCUUUGAUCCAAACACAAAAGAAAAUGUCACAUACUCACAGUUGUUUGAAAGAUGUGUUACUGACAAGAAAACUGGUCUUAAGCUUCUUCCACUUAGUGAUGAAGCAAUCAAUGAUAAAGAAGAAUCAACAUACACUGAGGCCCAGGCAAAAGAGGCUAUGACACAGGCAACUCUGGAGCUUGAUCAUGGACCAUUUAAAGGCAGAAAGAUGACACUCUGGGAAAUAAUCAACAGUGACUAUUUCACUGAAGAACAGAGAUUAGAACUGCUUAGACAGUUUAGAACAGGAAAAGUUACAAUUGAAAAGAUUAUUAAGAUCAUGAUUACCAUUGUAGAAGAGAAGGAGGCCAUGAAAAAGGAACAAUCCAGCUUUAAGGGACUCCGAGAUUAUGCUCCAGCGGACUCUCUUUAUGACUCCAAAAUAAUUGACAAAACAACCUUUGACCUUCUUCAAAAAGGCAAAACAAAACCUAAGAAAGUCAGUGAGGAUCCACAAGUAAGUAAAUACCUCCGGGGCACUGAAAGUAUUGCUGGAAUCUACCUGGACCCAACAAAUGAAAAAAUUAGUAUUUAUCAGGCCAUGAAGAAAAAACUUCUUAGGCACAACACUGGCCUUUUGCUUCUCGAGGCUCAGGCAGCCACUGGUUUCAUGGUAGAUCCAGUGAAAAACCAAUGUCUUUCAGUAGAUGAGGCAGUGAAGGCAGGACUUGUUGGUCCAGAGCUCCAUGAAAAACUCCUCUCUGCAGAAAAAGCUGUCACAGGUUACAAAGAUCCAUUCACAGGAAAGAAAAUCUCUCUUUAUGAAGCAAUGCAAAAAGAUCUUAUACUCAGAGAACAUGCCAUCCCCCUGCUGCAAGCACAGAUGUUCAGUGGUGGAAUCAUUGAUCCUGUAAACAAUCACCGUGUACCAACAGAUGCUGCAUACCAAAGGCAAAUUUUCAGUAAGGAAGUGGCCAAGACCUUGUCUGAAUCUUCAGUUGAAAGCAAACCUUUCUCCGAUCCAGAAACUGAUGAGAAUGCAAGUUACAAGCAACUUAAAGACAAAUGCAAAAAAGAUAAAGACACAGGCCUGUACAUCCUUCCCCUCUCCAAACCCCAGUCUCCAACUGUUGUGGAGAAGACAUAUCUUUAUACAGAACAGCAAACUCAGAGUGAUCUUACCAGCACCCAGAUUGACAUUCCAAUUGAGGGCCUUGCUGAUAAGCCAAUGAACCUCUGGGAUGUCAUGAACUCAAAUUUGCUUCCAGAGCAGGAGAGGGAGAAACUCUUGGAAGAAUACCGUUCUGGCAAAAUCACUAAAGAACGGAUGAUCAUCAUUAUAAUUGAGAUAAUGGAGCAAAGAGAAGUGAUCAGAAAUGACAGUGCAUUGUCGUAUAAGACCAUAAGAAGAAGGAUAACUAUUGAGGAGCUCUACAGUGCCCGCAUCAUUGAUCUGGAGACAUACAACCUUCUGAAACAAGGCAAGAGAGAUAUUUGUGAUAUAAUGGAGAUGACCAGUGUAAAACAGUAUCUCUAUGGCACAGGCUGUGUUGCUGGUGUCACAACAGACUCAAGCUCCAAGAUUAGCAUAUAUCAAGCAAUGAAAAGAGGUUUUAUUAAACCAGAAAUAGGCCUCAGUCUCUUGGAGGCACAAGCUGCAACAGGCUUUAUUAUUGACCCAAUAAAGAGUGAAACACUCACUGUUGAUGAAGCUGUUCGUAAGGAAGUUGUUGGACCCGAGAUCCAUGACAAACUGCUUUCAGCUGAAAGAGCUGUCACUGGAUACAAGGAUCCAUACAGUGGGAAGAUCAUAUCUCUUUUCCAGGCCAUGAAAAAGGAUCUUGUUCCAGAGGAUUAUGCCCUAAAAAUGUUGGAGGCGCAAACUGCUACUGGAGGCAUCAUUGAUCCAGAAUUCCAGUUUCAUCUUCCAGCUGACAUUGCAUUGCAAAGAGGUUAUAUUAACAAGGAAACCAAUGAGAAGCUGACAGACAAUGUCAAGGGUUUCAUCGAUCCAGUUACAGAUGAACAACUGUCAUACGCCCAGCUCCUCAAAAGAUGCAAGUUAGAAGGUGGAUUGCGCCUACUGUCCUUGGGAGAUAAGAGACUAACAUUCAAGGGAUUGAGAAAACAGAUCACAAUGGAGGAGCUGAUCCGAUCACAAAUUAUUGACCAGCAGACUGUCACUGAAUUGAAUGAGGGCCUACUUUCAGUGGAGGAAGUUAGCAAUAGACUCUCAAGAUAUCUCGAGGGCACAGGGUGUAUUGCUGGUGUGUUCUUGGAGUCAAACAAAGAGCGUCUUUCCAUUUACCAGGCCAUGAAGAAAAACAUGAUAAGACCAGGCACUGCAUUUGAACUGCUUGAGGCUCAGGCGGCCACAGGAUAUGUCAUUGAUCCAAUCAAGAACCUGAAACUGACUGUAAAUGAGGCUGUAAAGAUGGGAAUUGUAGGUCCAGAAUUCAAAGACAAGCUUCUCUCUGCUGAGCGUGCAGUGACAGGGUAUAGAGAUCCAUAUUCAGGCAAGACGAUCUCUUUGUUCCAGGCCAUGAAAAAGGGACUCAUCUUGAAAGAUCAUGGAAUCCGUCUCCUGGAAGCUCAGAUUGCCACCGGUGGAAUAAUUGACCCAGAAGAAAGUCAUCGUUUACCCGUUGAAAUAGCCUACAAACGUGGAUUCUUUGAUGAAGAAAUGAAUGAAAUUCUGACUGACCCAUCAGAUGACACCAAGGGUUUCUUUGAUCCUAAUACUGAAGAAAAUCUUACCUAUCUUCAGCUUAUGGAAAGGUGUAUUACUGAUCCUGACACUGGCCUUGUGCUCCUGCUACUGAAAGAAAAGAAGCGGGAAAGAAAGACCUCCUCCAAAUCAUCUGUCCGUAAACGCAGAAUUGUUAUUGUAGACCCAGAGACAGGCAAAGAGAUGUCUGUAUAUGAGGCCUACAGGAAAGGGCUCAUUGACAACCAAACAUACCUGGAGCUCUCUGAACAGGAGUGUGAAUGGGAGGAAAUCACAAUGACCUCCUCUGAUGGCACUGUAAAAUCCAUUAUUAUUGACAGAAGAUCAGGUAGACAGUAUGACAUUGAUGAUGCUAUUUCACGCGGACUUAUUGACCAGAAUUCCCUUGAUACAUAUAGAGCUGGGAACCUGUCCAUCACAGAGUUUGCAGACAUGCUUUCUGGAGGUAUGGGAGGCUUCCGUUCACGCUCAUCCUCAUUUGGUUCUACAUCUGGUUCCACUUACUCCACUUCCAUGAGCCCCAUACCCUCCACAAAACCCCCUGCUGUAAUAUGGAAUGACCCAUCAGAAGAGACAGGACCUAUAGCAGGAAUAUUGGACAUAGAUACACUAGAGAAGGUUUCUAUUACUGAAGCUAUGCACAGAAAUGUAUUAGACAACAUUACAGGCCAAAGACUGUUGGAGGCCCAAGCCUGCACAGGAGGAAUACUUGACCCCACGACUGGGGAGAAACUGACAGUUGCUGAAGCUACAGAGAAAGGCUUGGUUGAUAAGGUUAUGGUUGAUCGCCUCAAUCUGGCACAAAAAGCUUUUAAUGGAUUUGAAGACCCAAGAACUAAAGUAAAAAUGUCAGCUUCUCAGGCUCUAAAGAAAGGCUGGUUGUAUUAUGAAGCUGGUCAGCGUUUCCUUGAGGUUCAAUAUUUGACAGGUGGACUUAUUGAGCCAGAUAUUCCAGGCCGAGUGUCUCUGGAUGAAUCCAUCAGAAAAGGAACAAUCGAUGCCCGAACUGCCCAAAAACUAAGAGAUGUCAGUGCCUAUUCAAAAUAUCUAACAUGCCCAAAAACCAAGCUGAAAAUCUCCUUCAAAGAUGCCAUGGACAAAAGCAUGGUUGAAGAAGGCUCUGGUAUGAGGCUUCUAGAAGCCUCCUCACAGUCUAGCAAAGGGCUCUACAGUCCCUACAAUGCCAGUGGCUCUGGAUCUGCAUAUGGCUCUCGGACUGGCUCAAGAACCGGAUCUCGUACAGGCUCUAGGAGAGGCAGCUUUGAUGCUGGCACAGGCUUUAACAUGAACUUCUCAUCCUCCUCCUAUACACCCUCAUCUAGCUACAGCCGCAGAUACUAAUGACCUAUUGCUGUUCCUGAUAACAUUUGAUUAAGAACCAAUAGUACUAAUGCACUUUAUAGAUGCAUUUCUAACAGGAAAAAUAGUUGCUGUAGCGAAAAAGUAAAAAUUAUUUAUUCAAUAUUGCAUGUCAUCAAAUUAAGAUUGCCUUAACAAUGGAUUUCUUUUAUAUAUAUAUAUUUGAACUUUACUUCUGUAAACAAGUGCCUCUUUUGUGAGGAAUUAACCAUGAAUCACUAUGAAUAUGGAAAAAUCAAAUUUAUUUAAUAACAGUUAUUAAGUCAAACUUUUCUAAGACAAAUUCCAAAAGAAAGCAAUGUUUCUGCUGUUUUUAGGUGACCAUAUUCUUUAUUUUUUUUUUUUUUUUUUUUACAAGUGUUCAAUAGAUGUGUACUAGUGCUUUCUAAGACUAAUAUAUAUUAUAUACAUACCAAAAAAAAUACUUUUUUCCACUGCCCAUGUUUCUUGAAAGUUUUAUAGUUGUUUAGUUCAUUUGUUUUGCCUAUUUUACAGCUUUAUGACUAGUAGUAAUGACAAAUUGAAUGUCAACAGAUUUAAUGUUUUUAUCUACAACAUACAGAUGCAUUUGAUACUUUGAAACAUUUGUAUAGAGUAUGUAAUGUUUUCAUAUUAUCUGACAAUAUGUACACUGUACUGCGUAAAUGAGAGCACCAAAUAUACCAGUAAAACACUACAAACUGAACCAUUAUCGAAUGCAUCAUUGAAAGGGACUAUUGUAAUCAACUGAAAAGACUGUUGUUAAUUUGGUUCCACAUUGUCAUUACCUCUGGCAUUUUAUGAUCAGUAGGAAAGUAAGCAUCUUUAUUGUUGUACAAACUGCAAUUUCUGGGUUCCUCAAAUUGAACAUCAGUCAAGUGUUCCUGCCAAAUCCCAAGAUGAUGUCACACUCAGUCCUGCACUCCUUCACCAACCUGCUGCCUGUUUAUUUGAAUUUUAUUGGUAAAUCAAUCAGAGUC